GGCAGGUGCUGAGCGCGCAGGCAGUCAAGGCCGCGGCCGGCUCGGGACGGAUCGGGCACGGAGCGGGUUGCAGCUCGGCAGGGCAGCUGCGGCCCGGAAGGUCGCCUCUCCACGCACAGCCGUGGUCCCAGGCUUGCUGGAGCUUGAAGAUGCUGAAAGACCGCCUGGAGAUGGCAGAAGAUCCUCAGCAGCAGAUGGGUGCUCCAGUGGUGAAGCUGGAGAAGGAGCUGCCAUGGGGCCGGGGAGGGGAGGACUCUAGUCCUGAGGCAUUCCGGCUGAGGUUUCGGCAGUUCCGCUACCAAGAGGCUGCUGGUCCCCAGGAAGCCCUCAGGGAGCUCCAAGAGCUCUGUCGGCGGUGGCUGCAGCCAGAGCUGCACAGCAAGGAGCAGAUCCUGGAGCUGCUGGUGCUGGAGCAGUUCCUCACCAUCCUGCCCCGAGAGCUCUACACCUGGAUCCGAGAGCACAGCCCAGACAGCGGCAAGGCUUUGGUGUCCAUGGUGGAGGACCUGAUGGAGAGCACACCGGAGGCCAAGGCGGUUCCGUGCCAUGCCCAGGGAGAACAGCUGGUCACAGCCCUUGGUGGAGGAUCUUGGCAAUCAGGCAUCCACUUGGGGCCAGUAGAAGUCAAGCCUGAGUGGGGGAUGCUGCAGGGGGAAGGAGUUCAAAGCCUGGGCCCAAGCACUGCAGAACAGCUGAGCCAGGGCCCUGGAGAUGGGACACAGGCCUUCCAGGAGCAAGCACUGCCCAUUCUUCAUGCGGGUCCAGGUCUUCCCUCUGUGAGCACCAGAGACCAAGAAAUUGCUGCAGGGUUUCUUGCAGCAACAUCCCAGGGUCUGGGGCCUUUUAAAGACAUGGCUCUGGCUUUUCCUGAAGAGGAAUGGAGGCACGUGGCCCCAGCUCAGAUUGACUGCUUCGGGGAAUACGUGGAAUCACAAGACUGUGGGGUCCUUCCAGGUGCUGGGAACAAGGAGAAGGAGGCCAAACCCCAGCAGGAAGAUCUGAAAAGAGCAUUUGUUGGGUUGACUUCCGAUGGAUUUGGAGAAACCGCCAUCCAGGUUCCUGGACCAGGGGGUGCCUGUGAGCAGGAGCCUGGGGGAUCUGGAGCCAGUUUACCUGGGCUCCCUGCUCCUCAGCAUGGGGUCCCCCUGCCAGACACCCUUAACACCCACAAUUCUUUCUGGAAACCUUUCCAGUGCCCUGAGUGUGGAAAAGGCUUUAGUCGCAGCUCCAAUCUUGUCAGACACCAGCGAACACAUGAAGAGGAGAAGUCCUUUGGCUGUGUGGAGUGCGGGAAAGGUUUCACCCUGAGAGAGUACCUCACCAAACAUCAGAGGACCCACCUGGGCAAGAGGCCCUAUGUGUGCGGUGAGUGCUGGAAGACCUUCAGCCAGAGGCAUCACCUGGAGGUGCACCAGCGCAGCCACACAGGGGAGAAACCCUAUAAGUGUGCGGACUGCUGGAAGGGCUUCAGCCGGAGGCAGCACCUGCUGGUGCAUCGCAGGACACACACUGGGGAGAAGCCCUACACCUGCGAGUGUGGCAAGAGCUUCAGCAGGAAUGCCAACCUGGCAGUGCACCGGCGUGCACACACUGGGGAGAAGCCCUAUGGCUGCCAGGUAUGCGGCAAGCGCUUCAGCAAGGGGGAGCGGCUGGUGCGGCAUCAGAGAAUCCACACGGGUGAGAAGCCCUAUCACUGCCCCGCCUGCGGCCGCAGCUUCAACCAGAGGUCCAUCCUCAAUAGGCACCAGAAGACCCAGCAUCGCCAAGAGCCCCCUGUGCAGUGAACAUAUCGUGGGCCAGCUCUGCCUCGGGGGUGACUUGCAUUGUACUGAGUGUCCUGGGCAGUGCCCAGUGAAGGACAACAGAAUGUGCUAAAGCAGGAGGAGGACAGAGCCUGGUGUAUGGAGAGCUUCCAGAGGGCCCACAGUUUCCUUCACCUGUUGUAGGGAAACACAAUCCUAAGCUUCAGUUUUUUUGGGGGGGAGGUUGUUGGGAACCCACCUCCUAAGCAAGUUCGGAGGUAAGGGCAAAAUUUUAUUGCAUAUUGGCAACUUGAAGCUCAUUUUUUUUCAUUUUGAGAUAAGGUAUUAUUUAAGUUGGUCUCAGACUAGUUGUGUAGCUAAAGAUGAUCUUGAAUUUCUGAUACUCCUGCCUCCAUCUUCCCAGUGCAGGGAUUAUUGGAAUGUGCCACCAUACCUGGCUUAUGUUAUGUUGAAGAUGAAACCCAGGAUUUUGUGCAUGCUAGGUGGGGUACCCUACUGACUGAGGUAUGUGCCCAGCCUUGAAGCUCAAUUUUUAGAGAACUCUGUCUUGCCUGCGAUAUCUUUAGCUCAGGCCUGCCUUCCCUCUAUUUUUCAUUUGAAAAUAUUUAUUAAGCACCUACUGUGCUCCUGGCUCAGAGAAUGCCAUGGUGAUUGGGACCAGUGAGCUCUUGGAGCUUGUGAGCAAAGCCGGAGCAGUAGCUUGUAAGUAUCCCAAAGCACGUGUUGUUGCAAGUGCCACAUCAUAACCUUGGUACACUCCUGUUACGGUCUGUCCCUGUGUGAGGUCUCACAUGUCCUCCACCUCAGGUGGGGACUUCUCUCAUGCAGCCUUGUUUAUUUAGCUUUCUUUGGCAGCCUUAUUGUCGUGGACUAGAACGUACUACCCUCAUCUGUAAAGUCUCCCCCUCCCACUACUCCUUGCACUGUAACCACAGCUACUAGGAAAUAAUAUUUUGCUACUGAUCAUUGAAUAAACGUGGACAUAUUUUAAGAUAAUUAGUAACUUCCCUGAAAAUACCUGAUGAAUUUAAUCUGAAAGACAAACUAGUAUUAAUGCUCUGUAUUUGAUGACACUUUCUUAUAUAUAAUACCUCUGAGAGUGAGGGGCGUGUGUAUGUGGUGUUGGGGAUUAAACCUAUAGCCUAACAUGCUAGGCAAGCAUCAUGCCGCUAAGCUGUAUCCCCAGCUCUACCUCUCCCCUUUUUUAGAAGUUAAUUUUUUAUGUAAGUUGCUCAGGCUUGCCUUGGAAUUGUUUUGUGAUCCAUGCAAGCCUUGAACCCUCCAGCUCCAUCCUCUGGAGUAGGUAGAAUUCCACUUCUGCUCCACCAGGGUGGCUGACCUCUUUGUUUUUAUCUCGUUCAUCUUGUGUUUAUUGAGGUCCUGCAGUGUGGUGAAGCGUUUCUGUAAUCUUAGGUUGCACCAGUGAAUCAAACAGGGACUAUCCUUGAGCUUGAGCUGAAGAGAUGGCUCCAUGGAUAAGAGAGUUGCUACUCUGACAGAGGACCCAGGUUUGGUUCUGGCAGCUCACAACAGGCUGUAGCUGCCCUUCCAGGGGAUCCAACACAUUCUUGUGGGCUUCUGUCUUCCAGCUUCUGUGGGUACUUGAUUCCUAUACACAGACCUCUCAUGAGUAUGAACAUAAUUAAAAAUAAAUACUUACAGGCUGGAGAGAUUAUUUAGCCAUUAAGAGUACAUAUUGCUCUUGCAAGAAGACCUGAGUUUGAUUCCCAGCACUCACAUUGCUCAAUGUCUCCUGUAAUUCCAGCUCCUAGGGAUUGGACAACCUCUUCUGGCAUCUGCACACAAGUGCAUAUCCACAAACAGACACAUAUACAUGUAAAUAACAUGUUUUAAGAAAUCCCUGAGCUUGUAGGAUUCUCAACUUUGCAGAUGAACUAUAUCUUCAGAGCCUGUGGAUAGCCCAUGAAUUCUCUGGGUCUGAGGAUUUUUUGUUCGUUGUGUUUUUAAGAUAAUGGUCUCAUUAUGUAGACCAGGCUGGUCUCCAACUCAGAGAAAUCUGGCUGUCUUUGCUUCCUCAGUGCUGAGAUUCAGGAUGGGGUUUAACUUGGAGCUUCUUGCUCUGAGUUGCAUUUCCCAUCCACCUUAUGUUCCUCUCCAGUCAUUUGGACUCUUGUCAGCUGACAUUUAGGAACGUGAAUACCAACUUCUAGUUUCAUUUCUAUUGCUGUGGUCAUAUAACCUGACCACCACCAUCACCCCCCCCCCAAAAAAAAAAAAAACUAAGGGGAAAAAGGAUUUAGCUCACAGUGGCAGGAUGCAGUAAGUUACUGUGGGGAAGUCACAGCAGAAACUUGAAAGCAGCUGCUGGUCACAUCAUUCGGUCAAGAUGAGAAGGCUGGAGAGGUAACUAAGUGCUUGAGAGCUGCCCUCAGAGGAGCAGGAUUUGGGUCCCAGCUCCCAUGUUGGGUGACUCAAAACCAUUUCUAACUCUAGCUCCAACAGAUCCAAUGGCCUUUGUUGGUCUUUGUAAGUACCUGACUGCACGUGUGUGUGCGCACACACACGUACACACACACACAGAUUCUUUUACACAUCUUAAAGAGCAAGUGGCAGGUAGAUCUCUAAAUUUGAGGCCAGCCCGGCCUACAGAGUGAGUUCCAGGACAGCCAGUCUCGAAAACCUGUCUUAAAAAAUAAGUAACAAAAAGCAGAGAGAUGCACGCAUGCUUAUGCCUGCUGUGUUCAACUUUUCUCAUUCAACAGGCUCAGAACCCCUGACCACAGUGUGGGCCACAGUUGUUGGCAUCUUCCCACAUCAAUCAAGACAGUUCCUCACAGAUAGGAUCACAGGUCAAGCUGAUCUCAACUGUGGCUAAGUGAAAGUUCCCAGGAGACCCUUGGACUGUCAGGUUGACAGAACAAGCACGCUGCAAGGUGAACCCCAUUUUGCAUGUAUGUGCUGGCUCAGCAAAGUUGGGUUGUCUGUAGGCAUUAAAAACACAUUUCCUUAGUGACAACCUGGGGCAGGGGAGAUCCUAGAGGUAAAACAUUUGCUGUGCAAGCAUCAGGACUGGAGUUCAGAUCCCCAGUACCAAGUGGGCUUGGCUGCUCUGCCUAUCUGUAAUUCCAGUUUGGGGGAGGUGGAACCUGGUGACAGGUCCCGAGAGCAGGCUGGCUAGCCAGACUAGCUAAAAGAGCUAGGUCUGGGUUUAUCAAUAUACAAGAUGAAGAAAGGGGGGGAGAGAAACACCCAAUAUCUACCUUGGUCUUGCACACAUGUAACCACCCAGACACUAUAUACGUAAGCAAAAAGGGCAAUGUAACUACAUUUUCUUGUAUUAAUUUGCUGGCAUGAAAGGUUUUCCCUGCUGUUAAAUUCUUCGAAUUUUAUUUUUACAUGUGUGUGCACGUACGUGUACACACAAUUGCCAUGGCACACAUGUAGAGAGGUCAGAGGACAGUUUUCAGGAAUUGGUGAGUUUUGGAAAUUGAACACUGUUUUUCAGGCCUGAUGGCAAGCACCUUUACCUGUUGAGACUUUUUUUUUUUUUUGCUGUUCAUAAAUUUGAGAACUUAAGUAAUAUGAGUAUCCCUCAUGCCAUGGCUUUGACUGUGGGCUUUUGAGGCAAUGUCUUGUUGACUGUGCUGUUAUAAUUGCAAGCUGUAGUUUUGCCCAGGGUGCCUCCUGAUAGCCUUUAACUGAGACUCUCAUUUUGCAUUGUAAAUAAAGUAAUUAGGGGCUGUGGGUAUUUGCUGUGUGAGCAUGAGGACUUGAUGGGGUCACUCCUCAAAACCCAUAUGAGCCUCAGUUUGGUGGAGCUUACUGUCCAGCCGUCUUAGCUAAUAGAUGAGAUUCAGGCUGGUGAGAUUCCCGGUCUUAAAACUCAAGGUGGGUUCCAUGAGGAAUGGCCCCUAAGGUUAGCCCCUGGCCCCGAUAAACAUGUAUACAUGCACAUGUGUCUCUACACACGUAUGUGUGUGUGUGUGUGUGUGCAUACAUACAUAUGACAAAGAUACAUGGUAAUGACAGUUACAUGUGAUUUUAUUUUCCAUUUCUUGGCAGGCAGCCGUGACUUUUAUAUUUUUGUUUUGGAAACAGGGUUGUUCUGGAACUCUGUAGAUCAGACUGACCUCAAACUCACAGAGGAAGAGCCUGCCUCUUCCUCCCUCCAAAGUGCUGGUACUAAGGACACCUGCCACCACUUCACGGCAUUUAAUUUGUUUUAUUCUUUAUUUGUGAGUCUCUAUGUAUACUGUGACACAGUGUGUGUGUGCUGUGAUUCUAUUCCUAGGACAGUGUAAACUGAUGUCUACCUACCUCAGAUAGGGAACGAGCAUCAAACCGGAGUACCAAUACCACCAAGGUCCAACCUAGCAAACAAAUGAGUUUAUUGUGGUUUUCCAUAAUAUAGGGGAGGGGUGACCUACAGGAGCAGGUACAUCCCUGAAGCCCAACUCAGAAUGGAUGAGGGAUCACUGCAGGACUUGCAGGCAGCUUGACAGACUCUGCAUAAUUUAAACUGAUUCUGGAAGCUUGAGGAGGGAGGGCUUUGUGAAUCUGACCCAUUUCAGAGACUUCCUGAGACUAGUGAGUUGCUGAGUUUUAACCAGUUGAGUCUCAACAAGUUUCUCUCUGAGAUGGCAUGUUCCAGCUUGGAGAUAAUUGCUACACAACCGUGUGUGCAGGCACACAUUCCACAGCAGCUGCACAGGACAGAGUUGGUUCUUUCAUUUUACUGUGAAUCUAAUGAAUGAGACUCCAGUUGUCAGACUUGGUAGCAAGUACCUUUAUCUAAAACCUGUUUCAUCAGUACCAUCAAAUUUACAUUUUUAGAUUAAUUUUGUGCAGAUGAGUGUUUUCUCUGCAUGUGUGUCUGUACCAUGUGUGUACCUGGUACACUUAGAUUCCCCGUGUACUAGGACAGAUGGUUGUGAGCCACCAUAUAGAUGCUUGGAAUUCAACCUGGGUCCCCUGGAAAAGCAGACAGUAUUCUUAACUACUGAGCAGUUGUUGAAGAUAUGGAGCAGCGGGCUACGUUCCUGGCACCCAGCCGCCCGCACGGCUAGCUUUAUACCCGAAAUAAUUACACGGAAACUGUAUUCAUUUAAACACUGUUUGGCCCAUUAGUUCUAGCCUCUUAUUGAC